UCUUUAAAUCUCACACUAUUAAUAUAUUUUUUGUUCUUUUUCUGCAGAUCAUCUAAUGUCUGUUAGGAGAACUGUCUCAAUGGAUAAAACAAAUGACUCUUUGGUAACUGAAUUUGUUCUCCUGGGACUGUCUGCUUCUUUGGAGAUGAAGAUUCUUCUCUUCUUAUUUAUUUUUUCAUUCUAUGUGGGAAUUGUGUUGGGAAACCUUUUCAUUGUAUUCACUGUGGUUUGUGACCCUCACCUACACUCCCCCAUGUACUUCUUGCUGGCCAACCUCUCCUUCAUUGACUUGGGUCUAUCUUCUACCACAGCCCCAAGGAUGAUCACUGACAUAUUCAGUGAGCAUAAGGCAAUUUCUUUCCCAGGCUGUAUGAUACAGAUGUUCUUUGUCCAUGUCAUGGGAGGAACUGAGAUGGUCCUACUCAUAGCCAUGGCUUAUGACAGAUACACAGCCAUCUGCAAGCCCCUCCACUAUUUGACCAUAAUGAGCCGCAAAACAUGUAUUUGUUUUGUAGUGACUGCCUGGGUGAUUGGAGUGAUCCAUGCUGUGUCUCAGUUUGUUUGCAUUGUAAACUUGCCCUUCUGUGGCCCUAACAAGAUUGAUAGCUUUUACUGUGACUUUCCUCGGGUGGCGGAACUUGCCUGUACAGAUAGCAACUGGGUAGAGCAUGUGGUCACUGCUAACAGUGGGCUCAUUUCUAUGGGCACCUUCUUCCUCUUAAUCAUGUCCUACAUCUUCAUCCUUGUCACUGUGAGACAUCACUCUUCUGCUGGUUUGUCCAAGGCUUUCUCCACGCUGUCAGCUCACAUCACUGUGGUGUUUUUGUUUUUUGCUCCAUGUUUCUUUAUGUAUGUAUGGGAAUUCCCCACCUUAUCAUUGGAUAAAUUUUUGGCCAUUCUUGACUUUGUUGUUACCCCACUUUUGAAUCCUGCCAUUUACACAUUUAGGAACAAGGACAUGAAGGUGGCAAUGAAAAGAUUGAGCAGGAAAAUUGUGAGUUCCAAGGAGACAUCAUGAUGAGUUUUAUGAAAUGAAAUCAAGGGACACUUUAGGAUUGUGUUCAAUGCUUCCAGACUUGUGUAGGGUGUAGCAUGUAUAUAGACAUCAUGGCCUAGAAUACCCUAAGAAGAUCUUUUGGAUUUUAGAGAUGUAGCUAUUUUGCUCAUCAGAAGGAAUAGAGCAACACCCUAUUCCUACCUUCUACUUUGUCAUUUGGAACACAUAGAGAAGACAAUCUUAAUUUCUGAGUUUAAUG